ACAAAAUGGCGGCUGCGUUAUAUGUAAAUUUUAGCACAUUUAUCGCUUUAUUUCUCGACUUGGUUAUAACUUGGAGAUGUGGGACUUUGCGUGAGAGGUAAGCAUUAUAUGAUCUUUCAUAUUAGCCUAAGUUGUUCUGAACUCUGACUUCCCCUUUAAAAAGAAUAAACCAUAAUCUUUGGCAUUUUGAAUUGCUGUUACAAGAUUUUCUUGUUGGUAUCUGCAAACUCCUGGAUAUGACAUUAACCCAAAUGUUACAUAAUUGUUACAAAUAUGGAGGUCCAGUGUAGCAUUCUACAAUAAGCUGUCGUGGUUUGUGUCUGAACUACCAGAAAAACAUAUCUGAAACAUGGUGGUCCAGUGUAGGUACUAGGUAGUAUUCUACAAUAAACUGCCAUGGUUUGUGUCUGAACUACCAUACUUAAAAAAGUAUUUCAAAUGUGGGGUAGAGUAUGGGUAGUAUUCCUUGAACAUAUACCUGUUUUAGAAGCCUCAAACACUUCACCCGUAUGGGGAGAUAUAAACUGUGACAACAAGUCAACAUCCUAUUUGGAGUAUGGAGAAACGAAAAUUUAGUAAACAUCGCAUAUAAUGAAAGAUGAUGCAAUUUAAAAUCAGCUAGUGUGUAAGUUUUUGAUUAAAAAACAAAUCUUUAAUAAACCUUAUAGUCAAGUUUAUAUUCACCAGCCAAGUACAGUCGACAUAUUGGACAGGGAUUGCCAGAGACUAUUUGAGACUCACCCUUGCCUCUCUGAAAAACAAAUGAAUAAAGAACAUAGUUAAAUAUAUUGGCUAAAUUAUCACUCAAUUAUGCUGCACAAUUUCUGAACUAUUCUGUACCUUUAUUGGAUGAAAAUAUUAUAGUAAAAAUAGACAUUGAUUGAACAAAAUGUAAAAUGUAUUAUUAUUAUUGUCACUGACAGUGUCUGUUUAUGCAUAUAUAUUCCUGUUUCUAUUUCCAACUAUUCCAUCCAACACUCAUUCAAAUUCAUCCGGUGAGAUGAAGUCAUGCAUAUGACAAAUGUUAUGUUGAGUUUCCCCAUUACAGUAUAUCCAGCCUCAUACUUUAAUAAUUUUGUUUUUUUCAGUGACCUUACUCAAGGUCACAGAGUGGCAGCGAAGCUGAAUGCUGGAGGAUGUUGGAUAAAUACAUACAACAUAUUUCGACCACAGUUCCCUUCUGGGGGCUUCAAGAUGUCUGGUAUCGGCCGGGAGAGUGGGUACGAGGGAUUCGACGCAUACACACAGAGCAAAGUAGUUUAUGUCGGCAAUGGGAAUGUGGAGACACCUUUUAGGAAAGUAGACUAUUAGAGUGAGGCGGUUUCUACAAAAACCCGAAAACUGACAAAAAAAAAACCGAGUGAACAGUUUUUUUUUAAAAAAAUACGUUCGAAAAUCGAAACUACAGUACAGUACAAAAGACACAACACACUAUACUCAGUACUCACACAAGAUAUUAAACGUAUGGUAUUUUGAAGACGUUAUCAAAUUUCAAACAAACUUUCUUUAGUUUUUUGUGUGUAAAUGCCGAAACAAACUCGUAUAAGUAUGGUUCGAUUUUAGUAAAAUACCAAUUUUUCUUCGGGUUUUUUUCCGGUUUUUCUCCAAAAGUAACAUUGAGUAUUUCGGUUUUCAAAAAAACAUCAGUUUUCUUGGUUUACCAAAAAAUCGCCUCACCCUAUAGAUUAUUUGGUCUAUCGAUCAACAUGAUGAAUGUUCUAGAAAAAGUUUAGUCAGCAUCACUUGCAUUUGAUGCCGGACAGCGAUUGAUAAAACAUUGCCUAAUUUCAUGCAUGUUAAUGUCAAGAAUAUUAAUUCGAAGGUUCAACUUAUUGCCAUAAAUAGACAAUAUAUGUUUUUACUGUAACUGUCAUUUCCAUCCUUGGAUGCAAAAAAGAACAGAAUGUAAAGAUAUGGGCAUCUCUCAUAAGCAGACACCUCUGAAAACAACGGAACAUCAAAGUUGAGGACAUGCGUAGCCACAGUGCAAUAAAAUGGCAUUAUUCCUGAGAAACGAGAGUUUCAGGCUGACUGUUUAAUGCUGUAGUGAUGUAAUCCAGCUGGCUUUACAUUUGAUUAAUGAUUUAGUGUAUCAUGUAGUUUACCUAUCAUGUUCUUUUCUUUUUCUUCUUUGGUGUUUCAUUACUGUUCUUCUGGGACUUUUUACCUUUCUUUUUUGAUUUUUCUGAACUAGCAGUUGCUGAUCUCUUUAACUUUGUCUUUGAUCCUCUUUUCCUAUUUGAUGUUUCUUUAUCGUUUUCUAAAGUACCAUGAUAAAUGAUGUUAAAUUAACUGCAGUACAAACUGCUAUUACAUUCUACUCAAUCUUUACUAUACCAGUAUUCAUGUUUAUUGAAGUGAAGGAACUGAUUCAGAAGAAAACGCCAGAAUAGCUAGCAUGGUCUAUAUUAAAGACAUUUGCUAGUUUGGGAACAAGUGAUACAUGUAUCAGAUAUUUUUCUCCAUGAUAGUUAGUGGCGGAC